UUUAUUUAUAAGUGAAAAAAUAUUGAAAUCUAGUUCGUCACUAAAUGUAUACAGAAAGGCGGUAAGUAAACCAAAAAGCUAGUCUACAUUUUGGUGACUAGCUGACUAGAAAACCGGCAUCGGCAGUACACAAGCGUCAACGGAGGACGAGAGACGUGCGCAAAACGCACGGAGCCGCGCGCGCGAAACUUUGCACAAUGGCGGGAAAAUGAUCACUUUCUAACAUAACCAUAAUAUCGCCAGUUAAUCAAAACAGACAUGUUACUAGUAAUGUGCAUAAUAAAUUGAAGUUAUGUUCUUUUGAAUGUUAGUAAAAAAUUUGAAAAUGGUGAAAAUAUUCACAUGGGCAAUGUGGCAUUGGUGUUGGUAUAUAUUAAUAACAUCGUUCGAUAAUUCCCGAGGAGAGAUAUUCACAUUGGGAUACCUGACCGGCUCGCAGAGACGUCCAGGCGACUUUACUUAUGAAAGACCAGGACGAGUCAUAUCAGGGGCGAUUUCUAUGGCCGUGGACGAAGUGAACGAGAAGUUGCUUGGAACGAUGGGACAUUCCCUGGAAUUCAUCGUCGCUGAAACUUACGGUCAAGAAGAAGUGUCUAUAAAACAGGUGGCGGCGUUGUGGGCGUCCAAUGUAUCCGCGUUCAUCGGUCCUCAGGAGACGUGCGUACACGAGGGCCGCAUGGCCGCCGCCUUCAACCUGCCCAUGGUCAGCUACUUCUGUCGCGACGUGGCGAGCUUCACACACAAGCGGGACUACGCGACGUUCGCGCGCACCCGGCCUUCUGACAUCGACAUUUCUCGCGCCGUCGUUGCAGCCCUCACGCACUUUCAAUUCAUGCAUAUUUGUGUAGUGUACCUAUGUGCACCAAACCAUGACUACACUCGACUCGCAAAGGCUAUCAUAAAGGCAGCUAAGGAUAGGCAGAUAACUGUACUAUCGGCGAGAGCAUACAAUCAGCCGUACUUCUACGAGAAUAUUAAAGAAAACGUCACCCGCAAUCCUUUCAUUGAUGUCGUUAGAGAAACUUACAAAACUACAAGAAUUUACGUGUCUGUGGGCCUCUACCACGAUCACAUCGGACUCAUGCUGGCCUUGGACUCUUUCAAACUAUUAGAUUCAGGCGAGUACGCGGCAAUCGGUGUGGACGUGGACAAGUACGAAGCUGGGGAGGCCAUCCGGUACCUCUCUGGGCCUCUGCGCAACGAACCCUCCUCAAGAACUCUCCAUGCGUUUCGUUCAUACCUCGCCGUGGCUCCGUCACCUUCGCCGUCGUACCCUGCUUUCGCGAGGGAGGUUAACACAAGGCUCCAACUACCACCGUUCAACUUCACCAAUCCAUUACUCAAGUUCGGAGGUGGGAAAGUGAUUCGCGUGGAAGCAGCGUGGCUCCACGAUGCGGUGUGGGUGUACGCUCGGGCGCUCGCCACCGCUCUUAGCAUUGGAGAGGACCCGCGGGACGGCAGGGCUUUGGUGCGGUACAUCAGGAACACCACCUAUCGCAGCGUCAUGGGAUAUUGGGUGCAUAUGGAUGAGAACGGUGACGCGGAAGGUAACUACACAUUGCUAUCAAUGGACCCCGACAGACCGCCAGGACUCUACCCGAUUGCAGUCAUGCACAAGAACGCACCGGAAUUGAGAUUCAUGCGAGAAAUGAAAUGGCCAGGCGGGCGGCUGCCUCUCUCCGAGCCGCCGUGCGGGUUUAAGGGAGAAAAGUGCGUUAGUCACGUGGGCGCGUGGGCACUAGGGGCGUCGGGUGGUACUCUAGCAUUGCUGGCGUUGGCCGCGCUGGCACUGUACCGCGGCUGGCGAUACGAACAGGAGCUGGACUCCCUACUCUGGAAGAUCGACUUUCGCGACCUCCAUCUGCCCGAUGACGAACAAACAAACAACAAACUGAAUAGCAAUGCUGCCGUGAACAACAAUUCGUCCAACAACAUGAUCGGAAACUGCGAAAAGGGCGGAGGCGGUGGCGGUGGCGGAGGUAGCACGGGCGGCGCGCGCUCCAGUCAGGUUUCGCUCAGCUCCAACCCCGACCUGGACUUCCGCUACUCCGCCAUCUUCACCGAGGUCGCCUUCUAUCGCGGCCGCUUGCUCGCCGUCAAGCGCGUGCGCAGGCAACACAUCGAUAUUAACAGGGAAAUCAAGAAAGAACUUAAAAUUAUGCGGGACUUGCAGCACGACAAUCUGAACGGUUUUGUCGGCGCCUGUAUCGAGCCGCCGAACAUUUGCUCUCUCUCUGAAUAUUGCACCAGGGGAAGUUUGAAAGAUAUCUUAGAAAAUGAGGACAUCAAGUUGGACAACAUGUUUAUCGCGUCGCUGGUCGGAGAUAUAAUCAGGGGCAUGAUAUUUAUCCACGAAUCUCCACUGCAAUACCACGGCGCUCUGCGACCCUCGAACUGCCUUGUCGACGCGCGCUGGGUUGUCAAGCUGGCGGACUUCGGACUCCGAGAAUUUAGGAGUGGGGAACUGCCGCCCUCCGAACCUGGUGCACUUCGAGCACAUAUUGAAGGUCUGCUGUAUUUGUCACCGGAGCUGCUCCGUGCUGCGGGGUGGGGGCGCGGGGGUGUGGGAGGCGCGCGAGGCUCCCCGCAGGCGGACGCGUACGCUUUCGGUCUACUGCUGUAUGAACUGCACGCGCGCCGCGGCCCCUUCGGCAGUGACGCGCCGCCCGCGCCCACACUGCUCCGCCGCCUCGCCGCGCAGGAGUCGCCGCCAUUCAGACCUCCACUGGAUGCAUUGUCGGGUAGAUUUGACUGCGUGCGCGAGUGCUGCACUGAGUGCUGGGCGGAGGAGCCCUCGCUGCGGCCAGACUUUAAAGCCAUCCGCGCCCGCUUACGUCCGCUCAGGAAAGGCAUGAAACCAAAUAUAUUUGAUAAUAUGAUUGCAAUGAUGGAGAAAUAUGCGAACAACUUGGAGGCACUCGUGGACGAGCGCACGGACCAGCUGCAGGAGGAGAAAAAGAAAACCGAGGCGUUGCUGGAGGAGAUGCUGCCGGCGCCGGUGGCGGAGCAGCUGAAGCGCGGCCGCCGCGUCAUGCCAGAGAGCUACGACUCUGUCACAAUAUACUUCAGUGAUAUUGUCGGCUUCACCGCCAUGUCUGCGGAGAGCACGCCGCUGCAGGUGGUGGAUUUCCUAAAUGAUCUCUACACGUGUUUUGACUCGAUAUUAGAAAACUUCGACGUCUAUAAAGUGGAAACAAUAGGGGAUGCGUACAUGGUGGUGUCUGGUCUUCCUCUGCGCAACGGUAUCGCACACGCGGGCGAGGUGGCGUCGAUGGCGCUGGCGCUGCUGGCGGCCACGCGCGCCUUCCGCGUCCGCCAUCGCCCCGAACAGCGCCUGCUUCUGCGUGUCGGCAUGCACUCCGGUCCUGUGUGCGCCGGGGUGGUGGGUUUAAAGAUGCCCCGAUACUGUCUGUUCGGUGAUACAGUAAACACGGCCAGUCGAUUUGAGUCCACCGGAGCACCGCUGAAGAUCCACUGCAGUGCGGCGUGCAAGACGCUGCUGGACAAGCUGGGCGGCUACAUCCUGGAGGAGCGCGGCAUCGUCUCCAUGAAAGGCAAACGGGACCAGAUGACGUACUGGUUGCGGGGCGAGGAGGCGGGCGCGGCGGCUGAGCGUGCGCGGCGCCGCUCGCUGCGUGCGCACGCCGCACACGCCGCACACGUGGCACACGCAGCGCACGCCGCGCACGCAGCCGGGGACGUGCCGCCCGCCGACCGCCGCGGACAGCGCAGCUCGCUCAAGACACGAAACUGGAAGAACCAGCUCGGCGGACUGCAUAGAUGUUGCAGCUUAGAAUCUCCAAAGAAGUUGCGGUUUGCGUCCGGCAACCAUUUAGAAUCUCAUACGGACAGCGUGCUCCAUCAUAGGAGCGACGAGUAUCUCAUGGAGGUGGUGGGUGAGGGUCGUCCGGCGUCACAGCGCAGCGACCUGCUGGAGGCGCCGAGCUUGCGGCAGGAGUACACGAGUGUGUCCUGUCCCAUCAUCGAGCACGUGGAGAGCAGUCCGGCCGCGCCGCUCGACAACAAGCUCGACGCGCCGCUCGACAAGCUCGGCGAGCAUCUCUCCGCGCCCGCAGACACCGCCUGCGACAUCCGCUUCGUCGUCAACGGCUGUACUUACGACAGCGACGCCGCCGCCAUUCCACUGCUAGCUGAUGCAUGAAUGUGUCAAUAGAUGCCUCCACGAGCGUCUUUCUUCUAAAUCUUCUUUAAAUAUUGUUGGUAUGAUUAUUUGACAAAAUUCUAAAUCGAGUUUCGGGUUUUUAAGUAUGGAUAACUAAAUUCAGAGAACGAAAUCAAAUUAUAUACUUACUACAAAUAUAACGGUUUUCCCGCAGCAGAACCAUAUCAAGAAAUACGUUCGUGGAGAUUAUAUAUUAUAAUUUAUCAGUAUCCCUAGUCAAUAGCCUCCAGUAGACUCGUCGCGAUGUCAUUUCGUAGAUGUCCCGCUCUGUUACAACUGGGAUGUAACUGGCGGUGAUCGCCGUGUUAGUUAAUUUAACCAUGACUAUUUGAUAUGUUUUCAUUGUCAUUAGAGAAUUAUAUAGUUGUUAAGAUUGCCGAGCUCUUACUAUAUUUACUUUUCAAACGAGAUAUGCAAAAUUCUGUACUUCUUUCUACACACUAUGUUAUCGUAAUGUGUACUGAAUUAUGUAAAUGUCUUAUGUCACUCCACUGCUCAUAUAUAAUUAAAAUAAAAUAGUUUGUAUAUGUAACGAGCUCGACUCUGAUAUGAAGGAAAACUUUCUAUUAACUACCAGUACACAAUAACAUGAGAUCUCAAUCAAUGUACAUC